GCAAACCAAUAUGGUGGUGAUAAAGUGCAGUGAUAAUGGGCACCUUGCCUUCAUAAAUGAAACUUCGCUUCGUGUUUAUGAUUUAAGAAAAUUGUCUCUUGUCCACAAAUUUUCAUUUGCCUCCCAAGAAUCAAAUGGUGAAAUUUCAAAGGUGGAAAAUGAUUUUGAAAAGGAACAGAAGACAACCUUUACCUAUGGCUGUCAGUUUUCAAACUCUGGAAAAUUCCUUGCUGCAUUUAGUGACAGCAAAGAUUUAGUUGUUUUGAAAACAGAUGAUUGGCAAUCAGUUGGAAAAAGAAAGUUACCUAAAAGACCAACAGCUGUUUUAUUCACCAACAAAGAAGACUCUGUUGUCAUUAGUGAUAAAUCUGGAGACGUUUAUAGUUACCAUUUGAGUGAGGAAAAUGGAUUAUCAAACGAGGCUCUUCUUCUUGGUCAUGUUUCUAUCAUACUUGAUAUGGUGAUAACAAGAGAUGAUUGUUAUAUAAUCACAGCUGACAGAGAUGAAAAGAUUCGUGUCAGUAAAUUUCCAAAUUCGUAUAACAUCAAGACGUUUUGUCUUGGCCACACAGAAUUUGUUUGGAAGAUUAUCCUGUUGAGCAACUUGUCAAAUGAAAUUUUGGUAUCUGUGUCCGGGGACGGAACUAUAAGAUUUUGGGAUUACAAAGUUGGCAAAACCUUAUAUAUAAACGACUUUGAAACAUCUACAACAAACAAGGAAAAGAGCGUUAUUUCAUCAUUAGCUUGCAGCCAAAGAAACCGUAUCGUAUUCGUAGGAGUCGAAGGAUCAUCAGUACUACAUGCCUUCAAAGUUGAUGAUUCCUCGACAAUAGAACACCUCCUCAGUUCCAAAGAUUUGGUACUAGAUGGAGAAAUCUGCGGCAUGGAUGUUGAUAAAGACAAUCAUUUGUGGGUGAUCCAGUCAUCCAAAAACCAGCCAGUUGUCAUUUUUGAAAUCUGUGAAGAAAAUGGAACAUACAAGUUUAAGAAACAAUGUAGUUGGUGUUCGUUCCUCACUUCUGAAGAUAUAAAAUUUAUAAAUGAUGGCAUAAAAAUCGUCUUAGUCCAAUGAAUUUGAAGAAAAGUUUAUCAAAUUCUGGUAAAAUUGAUUAUUUCAGCCGUAAGAAAGAUCGCCUCGAUGACAAACGAAAGAAAAGCAAAAGAAUAGAAACAGACACGAACAAGAAAAUAAGAGUCGAGGGGUUUUAGAUUAAAACAAUCUGCUCGUUGUUGUUGAACAUUUUAUGUUGUGUAUGUCAUACUGUGCAAGCCUUGCAAGAGAAAAUAUCGCCAGAAUUUACAUUUAAUUGGUGCUUUUUGACAACACAAACUCAAAAGGAAUUUUCGAUAAAAAGUCUGUCGAUGUAUAAAGAUGUUUUUCUCUGUCAAACGUAGGUUACACAAACAUUUAUUUUAUGUAUUUCAGUUAACUUAUGCAUUGAAAACGACAGGAAAAAAAUGCAUGGUGGGUACAGAUAAAAAUAUACAUUCUACAAUCGAUAAAAGUGAAACAUUUAAAAUAAUGCCCAUUAUAUAUAUUUAAUUUGAUAUCAAUGAAAGAAGGCCUAAAUUACAAUUUAAGACUUAUAUAUAAAGUAAACUGCAUACAAGCCAGAGUUGAUUUGAAGUAUAAAAUUAUAAAAUAUGUCAUCCUUC